AAAGUGAAAAUCUACAUAUUCAAUGGGGUGCUUAAGUAGUAAAGAUCGUCUGACAAAAGAGGAUAUGGAGUUUUUGAAAACCCACACCCGUUAUGAUGAAGCCACUAUAAAAGAAUGGUACAAAGGAUUUAAGCAAGACUGUCCCAAUGGCCGUUUGACUCCAGCUAAAUUCGUUGACAUGUAUAAAAUGUUUUUUCCAUCUGGAAAUGCGGAAGAGUUUUGUGACCAUGUUUUUCGCACAUUCGAUAUGGAUAAAAAUGGUUAUAUUGACUUUAAGGAAUUUUUACUUGCAAUAGAUGUUACUUCUAGCGGAACACCGGAAGAGAAAUUAAAAUGGGCAUUCAGAAUGUACGACGUCGAUGGGAAUGGCGUUAUUGACAUUCAAGAAAUGACAAAAAUUGUUCAGGCAAUCUAUGACAUGCUAGGCGCAUGUUCAUCAAAUCGUCCCGCAGAUUCAGCUGAGGAGCGAGCAAAAAAUAUAUUUGCUAAGAUGGAUGAAAAUAACGAUGGUCAAUUAACUCAAGAUGAAUUUUUAAAAGGAUGUUUGCAGGAUGAAGAGUUGUCUAAAAUGCUGGCCCCUUAAAUAUUUAUAUCCCA